GCUGGGCCUGAUAAACGUCUAAACUCUGAAGGUCCGUGAGAGUGCUGGUAUAAAUAGAGGGUUAGGGUUUUUGCGCAGCAUUUCUACCCCUUCAAAACUCCAAACCAGGAGCAUCCAGCGGUACCGGAGGCAAAGCAGAUCAACACUCGAAAAUGGCGAGAGGUUUGAAGAAACAUAUGAAGAGGCUCAAUGCCCCCAAGCAUUGGAUGCUCGACAAAUUGGGAGGAGCAUUUGCACCCAAACCAUCCUCUGGACCUCACAAGGCUAGGGAGUGUUUGCCACUUAUUCUUAUCCUGCGUAACAGGUUGAAGUAUGCUUUGGUUUACCGUGAAGUCAUUGCUAUUCUGAUGCAACGUCAAGUUUUGGUAGAUGGAAAGGUCAGGACUGACAAGACCUAUCCUGCUGGUUUUAUGGAUGUCAUUUCCAUCCCGAAAACCAAUGAAAACUUCCGACUUCUCUAUGAUGUCAAGGGUCGUUUUAGGCUUCAUUCAGUCAGGGAUGAGGAGGCCAAGUUCAAGCUCUGCAAGGUUCGCAAUGUCCAGUUCGGUAACAAAGGUAUUCCAUACCUUAACACAUAUGAUGGAAGGACCAUUCGUUACCCAGACCCCCUCAUCAAGGCCAAUGACACCAUCAAGCUUGACUUGGAGGAGAACAAGAUUGUUGACUUCAUCAAGUUUGAUGUUGGAAAUGUGGUUAUGGUCACUGGUGGAAGGAACAGAGGGCGUGUAGGAGUUAUCAAGAACAGGGAGAAGCAUAAGGGUAGCUUUGAGACCAUUCACGUUCAGGAUUCUCAAGGUCAUGAGUUUGCUACCCGAAUGGGAAAUGUGUUCAUCAUUGGUAAAGGUACAAAGCCUUGGGUGUCUCUCCCCAAGGGCAAGGGUAUUAAGCUUUCCAUCAUUGAGGAGGCACGCAAGAGAGCCGAGAAGGCAGCUGCUUAAAUUAAUCUUGAUAAUGACAUGGUCCAUUUUUGUUUGUUGGGACAUUUGGCGCGGUAGAGUUUUUGUAGUUUGAACUGUUUCAAAUUUUAUAGUUUAUUAAGCAAUCAUAGAAUAGAGUUGCUUCUGAACCAGAGAGUUCAAGUUUUUCACAUGGAACCAUGGUAUUUCUUGCUGCUUGUUGAACCUUUUUGUUUAUGCAUAAUGUCUUUGCUUUUCUGGUAA